CGAUACCCCUCUACGAAACAUUGAUCAGCCCGCGCACUGUGGUUGUUCAACAUUCGACUUUAUCGAAUAAGAUUGUUAUUGAAAGGGAUUCAACUCAAAAAUAACGGUUCAAGAUGGAUAUGGCAAAGAGGAUCGAGUUGGAAAAGAGAGGACGGAAAUCUACUGAGAUCAAAGAAUUGAAUUUAGACAACUGUCGUGCAUCACAAGUAGAGGGUCUCAAUGAUGAAUUUGCAGCAUUAGAAUCUUUGAGUUUGAUAAAUGUUGGAUUAACGUCACUGAAAGGUUUUCCUAACCUUCCUAACCUCAAAAAGUUAGAAUUGAGUGACAACAGAAUUUCAGCGGGUCUCAACAAUCUGUCAGGAUGUCCAAAUUUGACACAUUUAAGUUUGAGUGGUAACAAAAUAAAAGAUUUAGGAACAUUAGAACCUUUAAAAAGUUUUGCCAAUUUAAAAAGUUUAGAUUUAUUUAACUGUGAGGUAACAAAUGAAGAAGAAUACAAAGACCGAGUAUUUGAAUUAUUAUCACAGCUGAAAUAUUUAGAUGGUUACGACCAGAACGAUGAAGAAGCAGAGGAUGAAGAUGAUGAUGACGGUGAAGUUGAUGGUGAUGAUGAUGAUGAAGAUGGAGAAGUUGAAGGAGAAGAUGAUGAUGAUGACGAUGAUGAGGAUGGAGAUGAAGACGAUGAUGAAGAUGGGGAUGACGAUGAAUUAGAUGAAGACGAUGACGACGAGGUUGGUCUCAGCUACUUGGAGAAAGAAAAUCUCGACGACGAUUCUGAAGGAGAAGAUUUUGAUCCAGAGGCAGAUGAUGAUGAGGAGGUUGAAGAAAUUGAUGAUGAAGACUCAUCGCCUGUCCGAGGAACCAAGCGGAAAUUAGAAGAGGGAGAGGAUGCUGGGGAAGAAGAUGAUGACUGAAUUGUUUGUUGUUUUCUUGUUGACUAUUUUUAACCAAAGGAAAGGGACAUCACUCUUUAUGAAAGAGGACAUGACUGGUUCCAGAAUAACCAUUGGAACGAUUACUGUUGAGUGCUAUUUUCAGAAUUUGUUACCAGUUGACAAUUAUUUUAUUUGAAAGUAUAGAAUUUAGAAGAAAACCAUUUAUUUUAUAAUUUAUUAAUGUACAACUGGUCAAGUUCAAGUCUGAAAUUUUGUUUUAAAUCGUGUAUCAUAUCACAUCAUUAUGUAAGUUCUUAUCAUAAACAAUUAUGUUUAACACUUUAAUUUGACCAGUUGUAAGUGAUAUUAUUACCAUGGUAACAAGUAUUCUGAUUUUAGUGUUGAUAACAUGAAAUAAGAAUGAUCAUUACAUUGUGUAUAAAGUAUCACACUGUCAUUACUCAGAAGAUAGUACUGAUUCAUUCCAUAAUUCACUACUAGAAAUACUGGGUACAUUGUAGAACAGUUUGUUAUCACUUGAACAAGGUCUGGUGGUAGGAGAGGGUUCUAAAGGAUUUAAUUAGUUUUAUAUGGGAGGGUUUCUAGAGGAAUUAACUAGCUGUUUUAUAUGGGAGGGUUUCUAGAGAAUUUAACAAGUUCUUAAGUAGGGGUUGGUUGUAACCAUUCUUUAUGAAGGAGGUUAAAGGAUUUAUUCAUAAAACAUGAUUUAAAAUAUUUUCAAUAUUGAGCUGUUUUUAAUGUAACUGUAUUUUAUCCAGUUAUCAAAGUAAAGCCACAUCAAGGUACAAAAGAAUUACUAUACCUUAUUUUUAGCAGGUGCCUGUUAUUCAUAAUAUUGUACAACUAAUCACUUCCACAGCAUUACAUAUAUAAGAAAGGAUUGAACACUUGGUUAUAACCAAAUUGUUUCUGUCUUUAAUGAUUAAUUAUAGUUGACAUAUCUGUCACUUUCUAAAGCUCAAAGGUUUACUUAAUAUGUGUGUGGGUGGGUCAACACUUAGAAUGCUGUCUCUGGCCACUUUCAUCUACAUAGAUAUAUCGUGUUCUUGAGGAUAAUAGAAGGGAAUACUCCAGGAACCUGUCUACCUCUGAAAUUAACAUAAUCUUUUAUUCUCAAACAGAAUAAAAGUGCUUAAAAAUUUUAAUACAUUUGUUUUUAGUUUUCAUUCACAAGGAAAAGCAUUUAAAAACUAGUUUAUCUCUUUCUUUGUCAUGGUGAAAAAUAAUGUUUCCAGAUCUGUAGAUUUUGUGACUGAAGUAAUGCUGUGCCUAUGAUUAUAUGUAUGGUAGUAUAAACUGUAUAUUCUGUACAUUAUAACAUUGUCUAUAGCUCAUCUGUUUCAUAUUCAAUUACUUGUAAAUAAAACAAUCUAAAGAUCA